GCGGUUGGCGGGGUGCAUGAACAGCUAAUAAAUGGGGUUUGGCAGCCGCUUGCUUUUUUUAGCCGCCAGCUCCGUCCUGCUGAGCGCAAUUACAGCACGUUCGAUCGCGAGCUCCUUGCUCUAUUUAGCUGUGCGCCAUUUCCGGUUCCUGCUCGAGGGCCGCAGGUUCACGGCCUUUGUAGACCACAAACCUUUAGUUCUAGCUAUGGCUAAGGUUUCGGAGCCGUGGUCCGUCCGUCAGCAAAGGCAGUUGGCAUUCAUCUCCGAGUUCACCACGGACAUCCAGCAUGUCGCAGGUAAGGACAACGUGGUGGCUGACUGUCUUUCGCGGUCCAUAGUGGACGCGGUCAAUUUAGGGGUGGAUUACGGGCAGAUGGCUGCUGACCAGGCGUCUGAUCCCAAAGUGCAGGCGUUACGCACAGCGACUACAGGUCUGCAGCUGCAGGAGGUAAGUUUUGGUCCUUCAUGCACCCCACUCCUUUGUGAUGUGUCCACCGGGGUCGCCAGACCAGUGGUGCCCGUGGUUUGGCAGUGGCGUAUUUUCGAGGUUUUACACAACCUAUCCCAUUCGGGCCGCAAGGCGUCGCAAAAGCUAUUGUCUGGAAGGUUUGUGUGGCAUGGCCUGAAAAAGUACCUUAUUGAACCUGUGUUUUGUAGUAGUCCGUGACCAUGUGAUGCACUU